AUGUCCAGCCAAUUUGAGCUCGCUCAGAAUCCCACCGACCCCAUAUCCGCUGUCAAGUUUGCGCCAAACUCCUCUUCGCGCCUACUCGUAUCCUCGUGGGACCGAAAUGUUUAUCUCUACGAUACCCUUGCUGAACCGGGCGGCAAGCUUCUGCAGAAGUUCGAGCAUUCCGCCCCCGUACUAGAUGUGUGUUUUGGGCGAGACGACAAUGAGGCCUUCAGCGCAGGUAUGGAUUGGGAAGUGCGCAGAAUCGACUUAGACAGCGGCGCGCAAACCGUGCUAUCAACACAUUCAGCUGGCGUACGCAACGUCUUCUAUUCGGCUCCUCACAAUCUCUUAGUCUCUUCGUCAUGGGACUCCACCCUCCAUCUGCACGACCUCUCACAACCCGGCGAAUUCUCUACAGUGGCGCUUCCCGCAAAAGCAUUCUCCCUCACUGCGUCACCUACAAAGCUCGUUGUAGCCAUGGCCAAUCGCUCAGUCAACAUAUACGAGAUGGACAUGCUGGCACAGGCAGCACAGGCGGGCGGCCAUCAAGACGUGAAGCCGUGGCAGCAGAGGGAAAGCAGCAUGAAGUAUAUGACACGCGCGGUAUCGUGUAUGCCUAACGACGCAGGCUAUGCCAGCUCUAGUAUCGAAGGCAGAGUGGCUGUCGAAUGGUUUGACCCGAGUGAGGAAUCGCAGUCGCGCAAAUACGCGUUCAAGUGCCACCGACAGACGGUUGAGGGACAAGACGUAGUAUACCCGGUAAAUGCGCUGGCCUUCCAUCCCGUUCAUGGCACUUUCGCGUCCGGUGGUGGAGAUGGUGUGGUUGCUUUAUGGGAUGCCGUGCACAAGAGGAGGAUCAGGCAGUACCAGCGGUUCCCCGCAAGUGUCCAGACGAUUGACUUCAGCACCGACGGAAAGUACGUGGCGGUCGGCGUCAGUCCAGGUUUCGAGGACGGUUCGGACGAUGUCCCCGAUGGCGCUAUCAAGGUAUUCAUACGCGAGCUGAGCGACACAGAGGCGAAGGGCAAGGCAUCGAAAAAGUAG